ACAAUGUCAAGAAAAAGAAAAGACAAAGUUAGGGAGGAAAAUGGAUUUGAAGAUUGGGGUGGAUAUAUGGCUGCAAAACAAGCAAAAUUAGAAGAACAAUUUCAUAAUGAAGCAAACAUUGAAAUUAAAACAUCUAAUAUAUUUGAGGGAAUAGCAAUUUUUGUAAAUGGUUAUACUACUCCAACUGCAGAUGAGCUUCGUCAUUUGAUGAUGGUGCAUGGAGGUACAUAUCACCAUUAUAUGAGACCAAAAGCAACAACUCAUAUUAUUGCAUCUAAUUUGCCAUAUUCAAAAAUAAUGUUAUAUAAAAGAAGUCAAAAUCCAAUUCCUAUUUGUAAGCCUGAAUGGAUUAUAGACAGUAUCAAGGCAAAUAGAGUUCUGAAUUUUCAAAAAUAUUUGCUUUAUUCCCAUUGUACAAAUGUACAACCAAAAUUAAACUAUGUAAUACAAAAUACAAAAAAUAAAACAGACAUUACUUUUUCAAAAAAUGAUGAAAUAAAUACUUUAAAAAUCGAUAAUAAUAGAACUGAAACAAUAACACAUACCUCAGUAAAAGAAAGUACUUCCAAUUUUGCUUUACCAAUGAGUUCAAGAGAUACUCAUUCAACAAAAAAUUCAGAAUUUAUAUCAGAAUUUUACAGUAACUCUCGAUUACACCACAUUUCGACAAUGGGAGCCACAUUUAAAGAAUAUGUUAAUGAAUUAAGAGAUAAAAAUAAUGGUAAAUUUCCUGGUCUUACUAAAUUGAAAGAUAUUAGAUUAAAUAGAUCAUUAUUUGGUUCUCAAUUGGACUUUGAUCUUGACCUUAAUGAUUUACCAGAAGAAAACAAGAUAAUUACCCAUGGUUGUAUUAUAAUGCACAUAGAUAUGGAUUGUUUUUUUGUCUCAGUUGGUCUUAGAGAUAGACCAGAAUUGAAAGGCUUGCCCAUUGCUGUAACACAUGCGAAAGGCAAUAAGGAUGGAGAACAUGGUUCAUUGUCAGAAAUAGCAUCUUGUUCUUACGAAGCAAGGAAAGCUGGUGUGAAAAAUGGCAUGUUUUUAGGAGAGGCAUUAAAAAUAUGUCCGAAUUUAAAACCAAUACCAUAUAAUUUUGAUGGUUAUACAGAAGUUUCUUACAUGUUGUAUGAUAUUGUAGCAUCAUACACAUUAGAUAUUGAAGCAGUUAGUUGUGACGAGAUGUAUGCAGAUUGUACAAAAAUAUUAGAAGAAUCUUCUUUAACACCAAUACAAUUUGCAACUAUAAUUAGACAGGAAAUAAAAGAAAAAACUGGCUGUCCUGUGUCAACAGGGUUUGGAAGUAAUAAAUUAUUAGCAAGAUUAGCAACAAAAAAAGCAAAGCCAGAUGGUCAAUUUUAUAUACAGCAGGAACAUAUUAAUGAUUGCAUUAGCACCUUUAAUGUACAAGAUUUACCAGGGGUCGGGUGGACAACAACAUAUAAAUUAAAGAAUCUUAAUGUACGAACUUGUGCUGAAUUGCAAACAAUCUCGUUGACGACAUUACAGAAGGAAUUUGGAAAAAAAACGGGUGAAAUAUUAUAUAAUAUGUGUCGUGGUGUAGAUAACUCGAAGCUUAAUUUAGAACACGUUAGAAAGUCUGUUUCCGCAGAGGUAAAUUAUGGAAUAAGGUUUGAGAAUAAUGAUGAAGCAGUAGACUUCUUAAAAAAGUUAUGUCACGAGGUAUGCAAUCGUUUAAAUAAAAUUCAUGCGAAAGGUAGAUGCAUUACGUUAAAACUUUUAAUCAGAGCGAAGGAAGCGCCUAAGGAAACUGAAAAAUUUAUGGGACAUGGGUUGUGCGAUUAUAUAACGAAAUCAAAAAAUUUGAUCUCUCCCAUUAACGAUGUCGAUAUUAUAACGAAGGAAAUCAUUACGCUUUGGAAUCAAAUGCAAAAAAUGCCUGAAGAUGCAAGAGGCAUCGGCAUACAAAUAUCUAGGCUAGAAAUAUUAAAAAAUAAGUCUCGCGGUACAAUUUUGACAAAUUUCAUUAAAAGCAAACCAAGUAGCACGGUUCAAAAAUCUGUGGAAAUAAAUGAAGGCAAUGAGGUUCAACCUGUAACAAAUUCAAACGCAACUAUGACAAUUUCCGAUAAUAUUAAUAAUAAACAAAAAUUGGAUAUUUCACCUGGCAUGGACAAGUCAGUUCUUUCUGAACUUCCGGAAGAAAUACGAAAUGAAAUUUUGUAUCCAAACAAUGGUAAAAAAUUGAUGGAAGAUAAAGGUCAAGCGACUACUAGCAUAAAAAAUACGAUGGAAGUACAGCCACAAAAAAGUGUGCAAACGCGUCAUGACAAUUUUUUUAAACAAACGAAAGCUGGCAUUUCUAGACCAACAAAGGUGGAAAUGCCACCUAUUCAAGAAAUUGAUAUGUCCGUUUUAAUAGAAUUACCUGAAGAUAUACGGAAUGAGAUUCUUAAUGAAUACAGCGUCGCUAAGAGAAAUCAGAAUCAAACGAAUGUGAACACAGGGACGGAUAGUAUAUCUUCAACUAGUAAAGCAUCAGUUUCUACAGAAAUAAAUCGCGAUGAGCAAACUAUAUCUUACUCACAAGUAGACCCAGAAUUUUUAGAGGCACUGUCGGAAGAUCUAAGACGUGAUGUUCAAAUAUAUUGUAUCGCUAAAAAGGCUGAACAUUCGAAAAUAAAAAAGGAUGAGACAAAUAAUAAUGGACUGAUGAAACAUGAAAACGCGAAACAGAAUAAAAAAAUGGAACUUAACUUUAAAAAUAAAAACAGUAAUAAAAAUGGCAGAGGAACGCAUUAUAAAAAUAGGAAGAAAAAUGGGCAAGCAGCGCUCAAGACAAAUAAAAAUGUAAACAAGCCUGAAAACGUACCGGAGAAUAAAAUUAAUACUGGUAUUGCAAAAUUCAUAAUACCUUUAGAAGGAAAACCCGAAUCUGCGAAUGAUCAAAUUACUGAGGAUGAUACACAGGCCAUUCUUUCUCACAAUCGUACUAUCUCAGAAGACAAUGACACUGCAAACCAAUAUCAGGAUAUUUUACUUGAUCUCGUAAAUCGUUUACUUAAUCUACCUCUGAAACAGGUAAAAAUGCAAAUACAAACGUGGAUCGCUAAUUCUAAGAUCGUGAACGAAAUAGAUUUUUUAUCGCUUGCGACAUUUCUUAGCAUGCUUCCGGAAAAGAAACGCAUCGAAGACUUACACGUGUUAUUAAAAACCAUGCAUAGAUGUAUGACAAAAACUGGAAAUUGCAUUUGGCAUGGGACAUAUAGGAAAACAGUAAAAUACGUUCAACAUUAUAUGCAAAUUGAAUAUAACAGCAACCUCAUGGUACCACCAAUCAAAUGCAAUCUUUUGCAGUGUAACAGUGAUGUAAUGUAAAUUUUUCGGAAUUUAAUAAAUUAAUAUUUUUACAAUGAG